AGCUGACUGCAAGGACAGGGCGCGUUGAUCACAGCCUACACAGUCAAUUCAACCUUAAAUAGGAAGGUGCGGAUUGCUCAUCAUCCCCCCAAAAAGGGUGGUGGUUAGCUCCUAAAACAUGGCGUCCCUCAAAAUGUUGUCAAGGGUGGAUAAUAUAAUCUUCAAAAGUGUUGCCUCUGCCACCUGCAGAUCAAAUUUUAAAUUUCCGACACAUUCCUUGAGCAAGACUUGUGGCGGCUACUUUUCCACUUCCAGUCACAGAAGUGCCCAGUUCUACACAAACCCCACAGAUGCAGUCAAAGACAUCCACGAUGGAGCUACCAUCCUGGUGGGAGGAUUUGGGCUUUGUGGUAUCCCAGAGAACCUUAUCAAGAGUUUACUCACCACUGGUGUGAAGAGCCUUACAGCGGUCAGCAACAAUGCUGGGGUGGAUAACUUCGGCUUGGGCCUCUUGCUACAGACCAAGCAGAUAAAGAGGAUGAUCUCCUCGUAUGUCGGGGAGAAUGUGGAGUUUGAAAGGCAGUACUUGUCUGGUGAGCUGGAAGUGGAGCUUACACCACAGGGGACCCUGGCAGAAAGGAUCCGUGCAGGGGGUGCAGGGGUUCCUGCUUUUUUCACUGCCACUGGUUUCGGCACACUCAUUCAGGAGGGCGGAUCCCCCAUCAAAUACAACAAAGAUGGCUCCAUUGCCAUUGCCAGCGAGCAGAGAGAGGUGCGCGAGUUUAAUGGCAGAAACUACAUCAUGGAGAGGGCCAUUGUGGGAGACUUUGCCCUUAUCAAAGCUUGGAAGGCUGACAAGGCUGGGAACGUCGUCUUCAGAAAAACAGCAAGGAACUUCAACCAGCCCAUGUGCAAGGCUGCCAAAGUCACCAUUGUGGAGGUGGAAGAGGUGGUGGAUAUCGGGGUGUUUGCAGAGGAGGAUAUUCAUAUCCCCGGUAUCUACGUCAACAGGAUUAUCAAGGGGGACAGCUAUGAGAAGAGAAUUGAAAGACGCACAGUACAGAAGAGCCAGACAGAGAAGCCCAAAGCAAAAAAGGACUCUGACAUUGUACGAGAGCGCAUCAUCCGCAGGGCUGCUUUAGAGUUUGAGGACGGCAUGUAUGCUAACCUGGGAAUUGGCAUCCCCAUGCUGGCCAGCAACUUCAUCAAGCCUGACAUUACUGUCCACCUUCAGAGCGAAAAUGGCAUCCUGGGAUUGGGCCCCUACCCCACAGAGGAGGAUGUGGAUGCUGACCUCAUCAAUGCUGGUAAGGAGACUGUCACUGUGCUGCCUGGGGCCUCCUACUUCUCUAGUGAUGAGUCCUUUGCCAUGAUCAGAGGGGGUCACGUUAACCUGACAAUGCUGGGAGCCAUGCAGGUGUCUAAGAAUGGAGACCUAGCUAACUGGAUGAUCCCGGGUAAGAUGGUAAAGGGAAUGGGUGGAGCAAUGGACCUGGUGGCCAGCGCUGGAACCAAGGUGGUUGUCACCAUGGAGCACUCUGCUAAGGGAGGGAAGCACAAGAUCCUGGACAAGUGUAACUUGCCACUGACGGGGAAGCAGUGUGUAGAUCGCAUCAUCACAGAAAAGGCGGUGUUUAAUGUGGACAAGGAUAAAGGUCUAACACUGGUCGAGGUCUGGGAGGGACUUACCCCUGAGGACAUCAAGUCCUGCACAGGCACUGAGUUUGAGGUGUCUCCUCACCUUAGGUCGAUGCAGCAGAUCUAGAAACUGGUGGGAAUUGUUGUUGCUGUUGUCGAGAAGGAGUGUUGACUUGAAAAACACCACGUUUGAACUAACUUAUUAACAAAUCGAUUCUAACGUUACUGAGAGAAGCUGGGUCCAUAAACUGAAAUAUGACAUUACUGUAACGUGUAGUAUGUAAGGAUGCAGAAGGGAUUCAAAGUUAUAUUUUGUCAAACUGAUGUUGGCAGGUAAUAACCCCAAUUCCAAAAAGUUGGGACGCUGUGUAAAAUGUAAAUAAAAACAAUGCAUGAUUUGCUUGUCUCAAAUGUAAUUCACAAUAGACCAUUAAAAACAUAAACUUAGGAAAUGUACCAUUUUAAAUUUGGAACUUGUCUCACAAAAGUAUUUUGAAUUUUGUAUUUAAUGUUACACAACGUCCCAACUUUUGAAGAAAUGAGGGAGGGCAUUUUUUUUUUAUGAAGAACAGCCUGGAUGACUAUUUUGAGUUAAGAAGUCAUGUUCUCCCGUUUUGAAAAAAUAAUUUUCGCUGACUAUUUUUGUGUCUUUAUAUAAAACACAUCAGUGUGUGCUACCAUGAAAUAUU